AUGAGCCACCCAAUUCCGAAUACCAACGAUUCUCACUCAGCGCAGGUUAUUCUUCCACAGAAGCAGUUGGGUCUCAAAUCAGAUAUGUAUCUAUUUUGUUGCUCUUAUUCGCACAAUGUUGCUCCAAAAGGGAAAUUCAUUGCAUUUGUCUCCACAGAGGCAGAAACUGACCAGCCAGAGAUUGAACUGAAACCAGGGGUCGAUCUUCUUGGACAUGUGGAUGAAAUUUUCUUCGAGACUUAUGACAGAUAUGAACCAGCUAAUGAGCCUUCUCAAGACAAUUGCUUUAUAUCAACUCGACGAGACUACUGCAAACUCGUUGCAUCGUUGUCCGACGGUGUACCCGCCAUCGUAGCAGAAAAAUAUGGGGAUUAG